CCCCUCCAACCCAAAGAAAGCGAAGAAGAAAAAGAGGCCACCCCGAAGUCCCUGUCCUCCCUCCUCCACUCUUCUCUGCAAUCUCUUCUUGCUUUGCUAAUCACCGACGGAAUAUUCAGGGACCCAUCAACCAAUUCUGGUCUCCUCCUGCUCUUCUCCCAAGUGUGUGGGUGUGUGUGAGAGAGAAGAGAUUCAUGGGUCCGAGCGGCCGGUGCCCCCAGGCGUCUUCUCACGGCUCCACUGUGAUGAUCACCAGCUUCUUCGGACACAAGCACUAGAAUUCAAAGGUGGCCAAGAUUUCUCGAUCAGACUGGGAAAAACGCGGUUCUGUGUAAUAUUCCACAAAGUUGGAACUUGGAACGAAAGCGCAAAAAAAGAAAAUCUCUUGUUUCGUUUGGUAAGGACUAGAUAGAGAAACAGAGGAGGAGAAGAGGAAGAGAUAGAAAGGUAGGAGAUGGCGGCAAGAAGGCCUUAUGUGAGUUCAAAUAUGGCGGUUUUGCUCCAGACUGAACGGAUUUCUUCCGAUGCUAUUGCGUCCCUGCUCUCUCCGGGCACUUCUCAUGGAGAAUUCCAUGGCUCAAUGUCUAUGAUGAAUUAUGAAGAUGUACUCGGGAACAGGCUCGAACAGCCCUUCUGGAGACCAUUUGAGUUGGAAGAAACUGGUGAUGAGGAUUUGGAUGAGGGUGUUCACCAGCCAGUAAAGAAGAGGCGGCUCACAGCUGAUCAAGUUCAGUUCCUUGAGAGGACUUUUGAGCUUGAAAACAAGCUUGAGCCAGAGACGAAAGUUCAGCUUGCAAGGGAUCUUGGACUGAAACCCAGACAGGUUGCAAUAUGGUUUCAAAACCGCCGUGCCCGAUGGAAGACAAAGCAGUUGGAGAAGGACUACGAGGCCCUCAAAUCCAGAUAUGAUGCCCUCACGGCUGAUUAUGAUAUCCUGCUAAAAGAGAAGGAGAAACUUCGAACCGAGGUUCUUUCUCUCACAAACAUGCUCCUCCUCAAAGAGAAGGAUAUCGGCAGCUCAGAACCAUUUGAAUCCAACAAAUUUGCUCACCAAUUGGAGAACUUAGGCUCGGAUUCUCUGUGUGAGAUGAAAAGAGUAAAUGCCCAAGUCACAGUAUGCAAGCAAGAGGACCUCAGCUCUGCCAACAGCACUGUGUUGGACUCCGAGAGCCCUCACUACUACAUCCGUGAAGGAGCACACUCGACGCUGAUGGUGCCCGUGGAUUCUUCCAAUAUUUUUCAACCUGAUCGAUCUGACCUCUUGCAUGCCGGAGAGGUUGGCGAGGUCAAAGGAUGCAACUUCCUGAGGCUCGAAGACAGUUUGAAUAAUUAUGGGUUCCCUGUGGAGGACCAGUCCUAUUGGUUCUGGCCUUAACUCAUACAAUGUUCGACCUCUACCUAUUUUACUGUAUCCUCCCUCUUCUUGCUUGAUAUUAAUUACGUGGUGAAUUAUUGGCAAUAAAAGGCCAUUUUAGUGGCAGCCGAGAUAUAAAUGGGUUGUGGAACCUCU